ACAACAGUCAUGCAGGAAGGAGGUGGAGCAGUAUAACGCUGGUGGACCCACUGUGAUGCCAGAUGUUCUCAAUCUUGUGACUAAAAAAUUGUCUAAGAAAGUGUUACAAAGUUGGGACGAAGCAGGUAAUGUAGUAGGUAUGUUUGGCUUGAACAGUCUAUUGAUGGUGAACAGGUAUCUAGGAUUAAGGUUGUUCUCAAUGAUAUAGGAGAAGUAGCUGGAUCCAGAGGUUCCGGAUCCAGAAGAAGCAGCAGACUCCACUACAACCUUGUGAUUUAAUCAGGUGCUCCUACAAGACUGAAGACGCACAUUUACACCAGAAAUACCUCUGUUCUAGUUUGCAGGAGACUGCCUUCAUGUGUAAAUGGCCAGUAUACCAUGUGACAGUACAGGAGAUGGUUCAGGUUAUAGAAGGAGCUAAGGUCUCAAGAGAAUUAAAAGAAAAAUAAGGUAUUAAGAGUAAUUAAAAGAGUGCUAUUAAACACUUGUACAUUGCUCAUUACAUUUCUCUCCACCAGUUCAAUCCAAAAAAACCUCUCAGUGAUGACUCUCCAUAUUUCAACAAAAAUCCCACUGUGAAUGAUGUGGCCCACUGUCUUGUCUACGUUGUAUCAGCAAAUCGACUGAGCACUAUGGAUGAAUAUGUUCUGAAGUUUCUGAAACAUAUCAGAUCAAAUGUCUCUGACAUUGAUAUUCCUCAAAUUGUGCUGGUAACUAAGGUGGAUGCAGGCUGUCCAUUGGUAGAAAAAGAUCUCAAGAAGGUGUACAGGAGCAGAUACAUCAAACAACAGAUAGAGAAGUUCAGUCAGAUAUUGGGCAUUCCUAUAAACUGCAUUCUUCCUGUGAAGAACUACAGUGAGGAAAUCAACCUGAAUGAUGACAUUGAUGUCCUGGCCCUGACAGCACUGCUGCAGAUACUCAGAUUUGCUAAUGGCUACUUGAUUCAAAAGAAAAAUAAGGGAGAGUUGUAAAAUACUAAUAACUAUGGAUUACAUUUUAACAUUUCACUGAGACACAUCUGAACAGCUUAAUUAAUUCAAUUUUGUUUCUUGUUUUUCUGAAAUUCUCAUAUAUUGAUUAGAAAUUUGACAAUGUAAGCUAAAAAUGUCUCUUUAUAAAAAUAUGAAUAAAAAAUAAGAAUAAUGAUAA